AUGAGCAUGAAGAUAGCCGUACUCCUCUUUAUUCUGCAUACAUCCAUGGAGGAGGUGGUUGUGGAGACAAACAAAACGCGAAUUUUGAGGCAAGCAGAGCCUCAGGACGCCACACAGUGGCAGGAUGCUAACAGUCUUCCAAUUAGCGAGGAGGCCGUAAAUGCCGGUGGGUACGCAGCUCCACGAUGCGAACCGAUAACAGUUCCGAUUUGCAGCGGUGCCUUUUAUGAGUACACUCGAAUGCCCAACAUCCUAAACCACGAGACUCAAGAAGAGGCUGGUUUGGAAGCUCAUCAAUUCUAUCCUCUAAUUCACAUCAACUGCUCAAAGGAUCUGCACUUCCUCAUUUGUUCCAUCUACACACCCAUCUGCAUGGAGGGCUUUACCCAAUCGCUACCACCCUGCCGGUCAGUCUGUGAGCGCGCCAAAGCCGGUUGUGGACCUAUUAUGGGUUACUACGCCUUCACUUGGCCUGACAGAAUGCAUUGCGACCAGUUUCCCGAACUAGACAACCCCGAGGGCAUUCUCUGUAUGGAGCGUAAUCUCACUGAUGCCGAGCGGGUCGAGUUUGAGUCCUUACAAGCAGCUCGUGAAACUUCAACGGUAGUGGGAGAGAGUAAAGCGACAGCAAGGGAUCAAAUUAUGUCGAAAGAGUUGGAGGCGGCAGCUAGGGCUAGCGGAGAUGCAGACGGAAAUUCUGAGGCUCUUAGCGUUUCCGGUGCUUGGCUUGACUGCUCCUGCGAUUGUCGUCAUCCAUUAGUGCCGAUUGUUGCUAACAAUGAUAGCCAACUAACUCAAAUAUCAACCCUGGGAUUUCAAAGUUGUGCGUUGCCCUGCCAUUCCAUCCAUUUUCAGACAGAAGCGGAUCAGAAGUUUGUGGAUUUCUGGCUAUGGUUGUGGUCUGUCAUCUGCCUCAUUUCAACUCUAAUAACAAUGCUCACCUACUUAACUAACACCAGCAGGUUCCAGUACCCAGGCCAGCCGAUAAUCUACCUCUCCACGAGCUAUUUUUUUGUCUCUGUCGGCUAUAUUCUUCGUAUGGUAGUUGGACACGAUGGAGUGGCGUGCACAGCGGUUACAACACUCCUAAGAGGCGAAGAGAGUCAGCAGAGAGGAAUGUUUACCACGGCCAGCAUUCUACAGUUCUCACUUUCUGGAAGGGCAGCCUGUGCCACUGUGUUUUUGCUCACCUACUACUUUGGAAUGGCUUCAUGUGUGUGGUGGGUGGUUUUGACGAUCACGUGGUUUCUAGCUGCUGGCUUGAAGUGGGGAAAUGAGGCGAUUUCAAAGUACACACAAGUAUUCCACUUUGUGGCCUGGGUACUUCCAGGCGUACAGACCGGAGUCGUUCUGAUGCUUCGAGCUGUGGAUGGUGAUCCAGUUGGAGGACUUUGCUAUGUUGGAUCUACAAGCGACAAUCACCUCAUAUAUCUCCUUCUCCUUCCACUGUGCACUUAUUUCUGUUUCGGCACCUUUUUUUUGCUGAGUGGCUUCGUAGCACUCUGCAACAUUCGGCGUGUCAUCAAAUUUCAGCCACGAGUAGGCACGGAUAAGCUCGAAAAGUUAAUGAUUAAACUAGGAAUUUUUGGACUUCUCUAUACUGUACCAGCAAUCGUUGUGAUUGCUUGUCUGGUCCAUGAACUUCGUUGGCGAAGAGUCUGGCAGCUGGGUGUUGCUUGCCGAUGUGAUUGGAGAGGCCCAGAAGGUGGAAGACGACUUCCUUUUGCUUGGAACCCUCCGACACCCGAAUACGCCAUUUACAUGCUAAAGUACUUUAUGUCCCUCAUUGUUGGCAUCACUUCAGGCUUUUGGAUAUGGUCUAGCAAAACUGUCGAUGCUUGGAAGAGUGUGUGUCGUGGAAGGAAGACAAAACCAUCCAGAGGUGCUGUUGCUCCAAUCAUAGAGAAGACGGCCACAAACUGGGCGUCCCUGAAUGCUCAACCUCAAUCACAGUUCUCACUCAAGAGCAUUCCUGAACGAAUGAGCGGUCAGGGCAACUUUUACGGAGCAAGCGGUGACCAAAGAACUAAUCCGUACUGUCCAGUUGUCCGGGCCUCCAGCUCGGGAAUAGGUGGAAGCAGUGGAACAGGAAGUGCUUAUGCCAAUACAACGUCCGUUGUAGAACAAAACUCCGCCAAUGUAAACCGAGCAUUCGUUUUCAAUAGUGGAGAUUUCACAACAACAAUGGCGCAAAGACCUGGGUUGUAUUGA